UGUUCCUCCGAGAGAACACUCCAGAUCAGACAUGGCGGCGUACAUGAGAAUGUGGAGAUCAUGCAGAAACACCAGCACUUUGUCUGCAGCGGGUCCCGGUGUGAUCAGAGCCGGAAUAAACGCGUUAUUCUCGCGGGAUCCGCCCGGCAGGAGCGCCUUCACCCACAUUCAGCGCUCAUACUCAUAUAUUACCAGCAGGAAUUCAGCAUUAUGCAACAGCAGGAUUACAGCAUCCAUAACGACUGACAGGUGGACCAGGGUCACCGGCGGUCUGGUCGGGUCCGGGUCACCCAUCGGUGUCUGUCAGAGGAGGUUUGCGCUCGGGAAUAGGGACAGUGGGUUUUCUGGAGAGGAUGGUGCUGAGAACAGCAGUGGAUCUGCUGGAGAUGAGUCUGGAGGAGAUGAAGGUCCUUAUACUCCUCCUCAGAUGACAGCUCUCACCCCUAUGAUAGUGCCUGAGGUUUUUCCCAAUGUUCCUCUCAUUGCUGUCAACAGGAACCCUGUGUUUCCCAGAUUCAUUAAAAUUAUUGAGGUCAAAAACAAGCAACUUGUGGACCUGUUAAGGAGAAAAGUACGUCUUGCUCAGCCCUAUGCUGGUGUAUUUCUGAAGAAAGAUGACAAUAAUGAAUCAGACGUUGUGGAGAAUCUGGAUGGAGUGUACCACACCGGAACGUUUGUGCAGAUCCACGAGAUGCAAGAUCUCGGUGAUAAACUUCGCAUGAUUGUGAUGGGACACAGAAGAAUUCGUAUCAACAAGCAAUUGGAUGUGGACCCGGAUGAGCCCGUGUCCCUGGAGGCCAACGGUGAAGAACACCCGAAAGCUCUCCGAAGGAAACCGAAGAGAUCUCGUAAAGAUUCGCCGUCUUUGGCCGAGGUUAUGCAGGAGAAAGUGCAGGAGACCGAGUUUGUGGUGGAGGCCCUGCCUCUGCCCGGCGUCCUAAUGGUGGAGGUGGACAAUGUGGUCCACGAAGACUUCCAGGUCACAGAAGAGGUCAAGGCCCUGACUGCUGAGAUUGUCAAGACUAUCCGUGAUAUUAUUGCCCUGAAUCCUCUGUACAGAGAAUCUGUGCUUCAGAUGAUGCAGGCGGGUCAGAGGGUCGUCGAUAACCCCAUUUACCUGAGUGACAUGGGAGCAGCUCUCACAGGUGCCGAAUCCCACGAGCUGCAGGACGUUCUGGAGGAAACCAACAUUCCCAAACGAUUAUACAAAGCCCUUUCUUUGCUGAAGAAGGAAUAUGAGUUGAGUAAACUCCAGCAGCGUCUUGGCAGAGAGGUGGAGGAGAAGAUCAAGCAGACCCACAGAAAGUACCUGCUGCAGGAGCAGCUGAAGAUCAUCAAGAAGGAGCUCGGGCUGGAGAAAGAAGACAAAGACGCCAUCGAAGAGAAGUUCAGAGAGAGGUUAAAGGAUCGAACCGUUCCUCAACACAUCAUGGACGUUAUCAACGAGGAGCUGAACAAACUCUCACUGCUGGAUAAUCAUUCCUCGGAGUUCAAUGUUACACGUAACUACUUAGACUGGCUGACCUCCAUGCCAUGGGGAACCAACAGCGUGGAAAACCUGGACUUGAGUCGGGCCAAAGAAGUGUUGGAAGAGGACCACUACGGAAUGGAUGACGUUAAAAAACGCAUUUUGGAGUUUAUAGCCGUGAGUCAGCUGAAAGGGAGCACACAGGGAAAAAUCUUGUGUUUCUACGGACCUCCGGGCGUCGGCAAGACCAGCAUCGCCCGCUCCAUUGCCAGAGCUCUUAACCGUGAAUACUUCCGCUUCAGUGUGGGCGGCAUGACUGAUGUGGCCGAAAUUAAAGGCCACAGGAGGACAUAUGUCGGUGCGAUGCCAGGAAAGAUCAUUCAGUGUCUCAAGAAAACAAAGACGGAAAACCCAUUGGUCCUCAUCGACGAGGUUGACAAGAUAGGUCGAGGUUAUCAGGGUGACCCAUCAUCCGCCCUACUCGAGCUUUUAGAUCCCGAACAGAACGCUAACUUUCUAGAUCACUACCUGGAUGUUCCUGUUGACUUGUCGAAGGUGCUUUUCAUUUGUACUGCCAACAUUCUCGACACCAUUCCCGAACCUUUGAGAGACCGAAUGGAGAUGAUCAACAUAUCUGGCUACGUCGCUCAGGAGAAACUGGCCAUUGCAGAGAGAUACUUAGUGCCCCAGUUGCGUUCUUUAUGCGGUUUGGACGAACAGAAGGCUAACAUCACACCUGACGCUUUGAGCGUCCUCAUCCGACAGUACUGCAGGGAAAGCGGCGUCAGAAACCUUCAGAAGCAAGUCGAAAAAGUGUUCAGAAAAGUGGCGUUCCGCAUCGUCAGCAGCGAGGAAACGGCGGUGAACGUCACCUCUGACAACCUUCAGGAUUACGUUGGAAAGCCUAUCUUCACUGUGGACCGGAUGUACGACGUCACUCCGCCAGGAGUCAUCAUGGGCCUGGCGUGGACAGCCAUGGGUGGGUCUACUCUGUUCAUUGAGACGUCUUUGCGGCGCCCAAAAGAACCUCCGGGGAAAGACGGACCCAAAGACGGGUCACUGGAGGUUACGGGUCAGCUGGGUGAUGUCAUGAAGGAAAGCGCCAAAAUUGCCUAUACGUUUGCCCGAUCGUUUCUCAUGAAGGAACAACCGGACAAUGACUUCCUCAUGGGAUCUCACAUACAUCUCCACGUUCCUGAGGGUGCAACUCCUAAAGACGGACCAAGCGCAGGGUGCACCAUUGUCACGGCCCUCCUGUCCUUAGCCACCGACACGCCAGCGCGUCAGAACGUGGCCAUGACGGGAGAAUUGUCCCUGACCGGAAAAAUCUUGCCUGUUGGAGGGAUCAAGGAAAAAACUAUUGCAGCCAAGAGAGCAGGUGUGACGUGCAUCAUCCUGCCCGCAGAAAACAGGAAGGACUUCUCGGACCUUGCCGAAUACAUCACAGAGGGUCUCGAAGUGCAUUUUGUGGAACAUUACAGUGAAAUCUAUAAAAUCGUUUUCUCUGGACAGUAAAGAAUAGUGCUGCUUUGAUUUGAUACUUUGCUAUAACACUUUUCAGUGAAAGAGUCCACCAUGUAAGGAAACACAGAACCAGAUCCCAAAUAUGGUUCUCUCCAUUGUGUUUAUCCAACAAAAGAACCAUGUUAAAUGUUUAUGACAUGUUGCCUCUUUUUAUGUGGGACAUAGAUCAGAAAGUUGAAAUAUUUAUGGAUGGCAGCCGUACCCUAUACAUCCCAAACCACGAGACUUUAGGAUCAUGCUAUAGCUGCUACGCAGCCAACUUCAGAUUAUUUUAUAGUAUCGUAUUCAAUAGUGAUAGAAAUGAAAUUCACAUCUUGAACAUUUGUCAUCUUUGUAAAUAACUUAUAUGAAUAUU